AUGGCGGCCGGCGGCGGCCCCGACGUGUUCCUGGUGUCGGUGAGCGGGGAGAUCGAGAGCGGGCAGUUCCCCGGCCUCGACGAGCUCUACUGCAAGUUCUGCUUCGUGUACGGCCAGGACUGGGUGCCCACGGCGGGCCUGGAGGAGGGCAUCUCGCAGAUCGCCUGCAGGAGCGACGCCGCCGCCGCCGCGCUCGUCUGGAACCUGCCGCUCGACAUCACCUUCAAGAGCACCAACCCCUGGGGCUGGCCGCAGAUCGUGCUGAGCGUCUACGGGCCCGACGUGUUUGGGCACGACGUGGUGAGAGGCUACGGGGCUGUGCACGUGCCCAUCGAACCCGGCAGGCAUAUAAGAACCCUUCCUAUGUUUGUGCCAGAAUCCACAUCAAGGCUGCAGAAGUUUACAAGCUGGUUCACGGGGAGACGUCCCGAAUUUACCGACCCCAGAGUGGUGGCGCAGGGAGAAGGCAGAGAAGUAACAAGAGUGCGAUCUCAAGGCUUUGUGACCAUUUCCUUCAACGUGGUGACCAAAGAUAUGACGAAGCUGGGCUAUGAGGUGACCCCAAGUGACAUGGAGAGCCACUCUAUGUCYGUCACAGAAGGGAUUCAUAAUUAUUAAACGCAGGAGUGAGAUGUGCAAAGACUCACACAGCAGAUAGGCAAGUGGGAGCUUUUUGGAAAAAGGAAGUGAGUAUGUGACAAACCUGAGAAAAUGUCACAGGAGACAUGGGCACAAGUCCACGAGGCUUUGGAAUAAUUUCCUAAGUAUAAUCAUUUCAGUAAGCAUACGGGUUGAAAAAUAACUAAGUUGGAUAAGAGUCUAGAUUACACAAAAACACUAAUAUCAAAAUAUAACACUUUUCUAUAUAAAAGAAUUUUCUAGCAGUCUUUUGUACACUCUUUAUAUUAAAAAAAAAAAAGUUUAUCUUUGUUUUCCUGCAUUUAAAGCAUCACCACAAACUGCGCUGUAUAGUAAAGGGUUUUUUUUCUGGUAACAAUUAAAAAUUAAAUGCUCACACCUUCCAAAAAUGAGGGGCCCUGGAAGUGGUGCAGUGCUACACACCCCUGCUUUGCUCUGCCCUGAACUGCUCUGCAAAAGCAGCAGCUGCUUUGCCAGGUAAUCCCGUAUAGUCCUUGUAGAAUUUGUGAAAUUCAUUAAGAUAGUUCGUGCACUCGAGAAAGCUGUUGCAGUUUUUUUCAGUGAAGCAACCUGAACUUUUGCCUUUUGCACAAGAUGSUGACUCCCCAUUUCCAGAGUUUCUUUCUGAAUAAAGCUCCAAGGGAAAGA